GCCCCCGCCGCCGGCCGGUCUUUUCUCAGCCUCCGUGGCUUUCCUGUCAGGCCCCGGCUGCUUGCUCCAGGGUGGGAAGGUGGAGGGCCACUGCCGCAGGAGAAAACCCUGUUGAAGACAAUGCUUGUCUGAUUCUAAGGAGAAGUGACACAAUGUCAGCUCUCAACUGGAAGCCCUUUGUCUAUGGAGGGCUGGCCUCCAUCACAGCCGAAUGCGGCACAUUUCCAAUCGAUUUAACUAAGACACGGCUACAGAUUCAAGGCCAGAGGAAUGAUGCAAACUUUAGAGAAGUCAGGUAUCGAGGAAUGUUGCAUGCUUUAGUGAGGAUAGGCAGAGAAGAAGGGCUAAAGGCACUGUAUUCAGGGAUUUCCCCUGCAGUGCUACGCCAGGCUUCCUAUGGAACCAUCAAGAUCGGCACUUACCAAAGCUUAAAGCGAUUGUUCGUUGAAUGCCCUGAAGAUGAAACCCUACUGAUCAAUGUCAUAUGUGGGAUUCUCUCUGGAGUUAUAUCCUCAGCCAUUGCUAAUCCAACUGAUGUUUUGAAAAUACGAAUGCAAGCACAAAAUAGCACCGUUCAAGGAGGAAUGAUAGGCAACUUCAUUAACAUUUACCAGCAGGAAGGGUCAAGAGGACUCUGGAAGGGUGUGUCCCUUACAGCUCAGAGAGCUGCUAUUGUUGUUGGUGUGGAACUGCCAGUCUAUGACAUCACCAAGAAGCAUCUGAUUCUCUCAGGCCUGAUGGGAGACACUGUAUAUACCCACUUCCUCUCAAGCUUCACCUGUGGUCUAGUGGGAGCACUGGCCUCAAAUCCUGUUGAUGUUGUGAGAACCCGUAUGAUGAAUCAGAGAGUCCUUCGAGAUGGCAGAUGCUCUGGUUACACAGGCACCCUGGAUUGCUUGUUACAGACAUGGAAGAAUGAAGGUUUUUUGGCUCUGUAUAAAGGAUUUUGGCCAAAUUGGUUGAGGCUUGGUCCUUGGAAUAUCAUCUUUUUUGUGACAUAUGAACAGCUAAAGAAAUUGGACUUGUGAUGAGUCAAGGCUGCAUGAGACACCCCUCUGAAAAUGCUGUCUUCUGCAACAGUAGAGCUUUGGCAUUUCUCUCUGCUUCUCACUGCUUGGCUCAUCACCGAUUCUGAGAUGGGAGCAACAGAUGAAGAAUGGGAUUAGUUCAGACUGCUGCGUGUUGGUAUCAGACGCCUUUUCGUCAGUGUUUAUUGGCCUAAACUAACAUCUCAACACUAGUCCUUACCAUCAGAGUUCCCUUUGAUAUCCAACAUAAUAUAUGAAUGGUAUGUUUCUUACUAAAGAAAACCAGGAAUGGAUACUGUUUCCUUCAGGGAGAGUAGCUCCUGAUGCCUCCCAGUUUAGGGGGCAAAUGUCAGACUGCUCUAACAAGUUCAUAGAAAUUAUGUAAUGGAACCUCUAAGAGGGUGUACUGUUUCUGAACAGCUGGGAGCUUUCGCUUCCUGUGAGCUGAAGACUUGUUCGCGGAAACUUGGACUUUUUAAGCCUGGGUAUAGACAGUGCAGGGAAUAGAUCCUUUCACUGCUUUAUGAUUUCCUUUUUUUGUCAGGAUCUUUCACUUAUAAUAAGUGAUUUUUUAAGCCACUGAAGAUUUAACCUUUGUGAGGAAUUGUUAGUGUAUUAAUACAUAAGUUAAUGGGGGUGUGAUGUGUUGACUUCAAAGGUUACAGUAUAUUGGUGGGAGAUGUUUUCAAGCAGCUUGGCUUCUAUUUUAGGUAAUGUUAGUAAUGCUCUGAGUUUUAGUGAAGUUUGUCAUUUUUCGGUCUAUAAAAUAGGGAUAGUAACAUCUAUUAAGGUAGGGAUCAAAUAAAAAAAUAGUAGGCAGAGCUGGGCAUGGUGGUCCAUGCCUAUAAUUUUAAUACUGAGAGGCUA